AUGACCAUCACGGCGUCGGCACCGGGAAAAACCAUAAUUCAGGCGAGCACGCUGUCGUCUACGGCAAGGCACUUUGGCCCGGUCAAGUUCACCAUCAAUUCGAGGCUGCCACUGGGAGCGGGUCUCGGAUCGUCGGCGUCCUACAGCACGGCCCUGGCGACGGCGCUGCUGGCGAAAUACGGAGCCGUGCAGCGCGCCCUGUCCAGCAAGGACCGCGAGCUCAUCUGCUCAUGGGCCUUUCAGGCAGAAUGCAUUCUGCAUGGUCAACCCUCGGGCAUCGACAACACCAUCUGCACCUACGGAGGUGCUGUUCUAUUUAAGGGCGGGAAAAUAAGUGAAUCUCUUGAGAGCAUUCCCAGCUACAAGGUGUUGCUGGUCAACACCCGAGUUCCCAGGAACACCAAGGCUCUGGUGGCAGGUGUCAAGAAGAGGCACGAUCAGUUUCCAGAUGUUAUAAAGCCGGUCCUGGAAUCCAUUGAAGCAAUAUCCGAAACCUUUUGGAAGCUCCUGAAGAUGGCACCCGAGGUGGCAGAGAACAUGUUCUCCAAAUCCUUGGAACUGGUGGAGAUGAACCAGUCCCUGCUGAACUGCCUUGGAGUUGGUCACCCACGACUGAACAGGAUCGCCGAGAUUGCCACCCUGCAUGGUCUUGCUGCAAAGCUGACGGGGGCGGGCGGCGGUGGCUGCGCCUUGCUCCUGUGUCGUGUUGGCUGUCAAAACAAUGUGGGUUCGAGUGGUGAAGCUGAAAUGCUCACAGUGUGCAAGCAGCUUGAAGAGGAAGGCUUCCUCUACUGGGAGGUGGACUUGGGUUGCCCCGGUGUCACGCUAGACUGACCUCGUGAGCCAAAAGGAGCUAAUUUCAGGCCAGAGCACACUUUACAGUGCAGCAUCGAUCAAAGGCCAAUGUGCUUUCAAAGCUUUAUUUAGUAACGCAACACAUGUCUACACUCCUGUCCCGAAUGCUUGUGUACACAGUACAAUGCACGGCGCUGCGCAUACAUUGGUACGGCAUACUGUAUGUAUGCUCUCUGUGUAGCUUAGGUUUUCCUCGGAAGGACCUGCAUAAUCCUGGGAGCCAUUACAUGAGGGAACCUUGCGUAUGGGACCAAAAAUAUCAUAGCGCAGUGGCUUCCAUAUCCAUCUUGAAACAGGACAGCCCUGAGGACGUGGAUGUAUAGAAGGCACAAAAAAAAAAAAAAAAAAGACAAGGCAUAGCCUUUUUUGUUGCCCCCACAUCUGUCCCUUCAGCACUGACAUGAUUCAUGAUGAGCUUGUUCAUGCUUCCAUGUUAAUCCCCAUGUCCAAAACACUAAUCUAACUAGCCACGCAUGAUGUGGCUUCGCUGCCGCUUCACGACAAAGAAAAAGUCACGGUGAGCGCAGCAGAUGGACACCUGUCUUAGUGCUAAGCCAACUAAUGCGUAAAACGUAAUUUUGUUGACGGAACUGCGGGCAGUUCGAAAUACUCAUCUCUCAGCCUACACAGUCAUUUUGAUUUUACUGUCUGAAUCACAGCGCACAUGAUACCAACCAUGCUUAACUGAACACAA